AUGCACGCCCGAGAUGCUACCGGCCGUCAGGUCUCGCUCUUGAACGACGAGCCUGCCAUGCAAUCCACGCAUCAACGCCUAGACUACCGCACAGUAAAUCAGGUCAUCUCACAACCCUUCCACCCGGCACCGCGAAGCAAUUCUUCCUCGCCUCACACCCCGGAGCUCCUCCGCUCCGACUCAUACGACUCAAAUGCGAGCAGCGAUCCUCUUUCACCUAUGACUCCCACCUCGUAUGACACUUCCAGAGUGGGCGCAUUUCCCGGUCAACCUAUGUUGUACGACGAUUACGAUAUGCCUGCGAAGCGCCCUGCGUAUGCGAACACCAGUCGCGCAGCGUCCUAUGAGGAGGACAGCUCAGCGACAUCACCUUUGCCUGAACGCCCUGGCAAGAGAUACCCCUGCCGCUAUCGCGACAGCCAUGGCUGCGAGAAAACUUUCACUACUUCAGGACAUGCCUCUCGUCACUCGAAGAUCCACACUGCCGAGAAAGCUGUACAAUGCACUUUCCUCGGCUGCCAAAAGAAAUUCACCAGAGCGGACAACAUGAAGCAGCACCUCGAGACGCACUAUAAGGACAAGUCUCGCUCCUCAACGUCGGCGAAGGCUUCCUCACGUCCCUCAAUGGGCGGCCUGUCAGGAUCGGGCCGUAGAUCCUCCUCAUCAUCCGUCAGGGCCGCCGCUAGCAAUCGUGCUUCCCGCGACCAGCCCAUGUGGGACGGCGAGUCUCCCUACGGAUACCCUCCCGGUCAAGCUCCUCUUCCCUCCCCCGCUGCCAAUGGUGCGUGGGAUAUGCGAGGUCUGAACUUGCCUCUUCUCAGUCGUCCCAGUGCCGCAAGGACACCCAGCAGUGGCCUGGAUGCAUUGGCCAUGGCUGUCGCAUGUCAAGAAGGUGCAUAG